AGGAUCUCGAGAAGCCGUACACAUUCGCUUGUGGAGGUCUUUGGUUUGACUUAUUCCAACUAAAUCGACUACUUGACGGUGCUACAGUCUUAUUUGGUGCCAAUUGCAGGAAUACAAGCGAGUAGGAUACACAUCUCACGCCAUUUGUUUCACCGUGUAGCGUUUCGUCCGCUUUUGUCCCACCUCACACCCGCGCUUGUCACCAAUACCAUGACCUCCCUCCAAUAACGCCACCCAACACACCAUGUCCGCCGACUUCUGGGCCGGCUACCUCUCCGGUGCCGCCAGCAUCCUCAUCGGCAAUCCCCUCGACCUCCUCAAAACCCGCCUCCAAGCCGGCGACCCUUCCCUCGUCCCCUCCUCCUCCCGCUCUCCCAGCACCCUCUCCGCUCCCAUCACCCACCUCCCCUCCCCCCGUACCCUCGCCUCCCACUUCACCCAUGCCAGCACCCUCCUCCGCGGCGCCACCGCCCCGGUCCUCACCUAUGGCGCUUUAAACGCUCUGCUGUACACGAGCUAUAACCGCACGUUGGCGCUGCUAGGGACGGGGGAACCCCAGGGGAGGCCCGGGGCGUGGUCGCUGUGGACGGCGGGCGCGGUGGCGGGGUUGGCGACGUUUGUGGUGUCGACGCCGACGGAGCUGGUGAAGUGUCGGGUGCAGGUGGCGAGGGAUGGGGAGCGGGUGAGUGGGGGUAGGGAGGAGAGGGGGCGGCCGACGAGCUCGUGGGGGGUCGCGAGGGAGGUGUUGGUGAGGGAGGGGGUUAGAGGGCUGUAUUUCGGAGGCAUGGUGACUGCGGUGCGGGAUGCCGUGGGAUAUGGAUUUUACUUCUGGUCCUACGAACUCUCCCGCCGCGCCUGGGCAUCCGAACAAGACACCGGCAGCGACACAGCGUUUCAAGUGCUCGUCUGUGGUGGUCUCGCGGGCAUCAUCACGUGGGCGUCGAUAUUUCCACUGGAUGUUAUUAAAACUCGGGUGCAGACUCAGAUUCUCGAGGCGCACGUGGCUGGGGAGGCCGGCGCCCUGCUCCAGGAUCGGCCCACUGUCAAGCGGAGACUCGGGGCAUUGGAGAUAGCGAAGAUCGCCUAUCGGGAGGAAGGGAUGGCGGUCUUCUUCAGAGGCCUGGGUAUCUGCAGUGUUAGGGCAUUCAUUGUGAACGCAGUUCAAUGGGCGGUAUACGAGUGGAUGAUGAAGGAAUUGUCAGCACCGAAAAUACCUCAUACGGUAUGAAAGGCACUCAAACCUUGCACGAGAAACACGGGAUGAUACGAAAGCAUGAUUGCAAUCUAGAACUUAGAAACUAGAAAAUAUAC